AUGGACCAGCAGUUUAUCUCGCAAUUGGAGCAGUUGCUUAAUGCUGUGAUCCAGCCCAACUCUGGGUCAUUGAAGGAGGCUACUAAAACUUUGCAGACGCAAUUUUACACUCAGCCUGCUGCCUUGCCAGCCCUGCUACACAUAUUGCAAAAUGGUUCCAGCGAUGGUUUGAAGCAACUGGCAGGUGUCGAGGCUAGAAAGCUAGUCUCCACUCAAUGGAGCGCUCUAAACGCACCAGUGCAAGUAGAGAUCAAGAACUCUUUGCUGAGCAGCGCAUUUUCCGAGCCAAAAGAAGUUGUUCGUCACGCAAACGCUCGUGUUAUCGCAGCUAUCGGUAACGAAGAGCUGGACGAAAAGAAGUGGCCAGAGUUGGUGCCAAGCUUGAUUCAGGCUCCAGCUGGGAAUGAUGUAAACACCACGGAAACUGCAGUUUUCAUUUUACUUUCUUUGCUCGACAACAUGAACCCAGAAUUGAACCUAUAUAUUGGCGACUUUUUGACCCUUUUCGCACAUACUAUGAGUGAGUCUUUCAGUUUAGAAACCAGAUCUUUGUCCGCGCAAGCAUUGAAUCAAGUCUCAAACUUGAUUGAAGAGGAAGGUCAAAUCAAUCCUGAAUACGCAGCUAAAUUCUCAUCUCUGAUCCCUACGGUGGUUAGCGUAUUGGAGGCGGUUAUUAAGGCCGACGACUCCAACAACACCAAGCUAAUCUUCAACUGUCUAAACGACUUUUUGUUGUUAGACUCUCAACUGACCGGUAACAGUGUUACUGACUUGAUUAAGCUAUCUUUGCAAAUCGCAGUUAAUAAGGAGGUUGAUGAGGAAGUUAGAGUUUUCGCCGUUCAAUUUGCCACUUCUGCACUCUCUUUCAGAAAGUCCAAGAUCAUACAGGCCAAGAUGGGUCGCGAGAUUACCAUGGCUGCUCUCAGCGUCGCCUCUGAAGAGAUUGAUGUAGAAGACGAGCUUAACAACGAAGAUGAAGCUGGUGAAAAUGAAGAAAAUACUCCUUCUUUGACAGCAAUCAGACUUUUGGCAUUUGCAUCCUCAGAGCUGCCUCCUUCGCAAGUUGCAGUACCAAUUGUGGAACACUUGCCAGCUAUGUUGCAAUCUUCUAAUCCGUUCGAGAGAAGAGCUAUUCUGUUGGCCAUUUCUGUUGCGGUCACAGGCUCACCUGAUUACAUUCUCUCUCAACUAGACAAGAUCAUCCCAGCCACCAUUGCUGGUUUGAAAGAUGUUAAUCCAGUUGUCCAACUUGCAGCCUUGAAAUGUAUCUCUCAGCUAACUACAGACUUGCAAGACGAAGUGGCCAAGUUCCAUGAGGAAUACCUGCCUCUCAUUAUGGGUACGAUUGACUCUGCCAAGAACGUUGUGAUCUACAAGUAUGCUACUGUCGCUCUUGAUGGUUUGUUAGAAUUUACUGCUUAUGAGGCCAUCUCUAAGUAUUUGGAACCUUUGAUGAACAAACUGUUCCAUAUGCUGGAUACCAACACGUCUUCCAAGUUGAGAGCAGCCAUCGUUUCGGCUAUCGGUUCUGCCGCGUUUGCCGCUGGUUCUGCUUUCUUGCCUUACUUCAAAACAUCUGUGCAGUAUUUGCAACAGUUCAUUGAGAACUCAGGCCAAAUUGAGGGCAUGUCUGAAGAUGACCUUGAGCUUCGUGCUUUGACUUUUGAAAACAUAUCUACAAUGGGAAGAGCAGUCAGAUCUGAAGCUUUCCAUGAAUUCGCCGAACCACUCCUCAACUCCUCUUAUGAGGCUAUCAAAACUGAUUCUGCAAGAUUGAGAGAGUCUGGUUAUGCCUUCAUUGCUAACAUGGCUAAGGUUUACGGAAAAGACUUCGCUCCCUUCUUGGCCACCAUCUUGCCUGAAAUUUUCAAAACUUUGGAACAGAAAGAAUACGAUUUCAACAUCGAUGAAGAUGCCGAGGAAUUGGCGGAACUUGAGGCUGACGACUUACAACAGAAGUUCACUGUCAACACCGGCAUUUCUUAUGAGAAAGAAGUUGCCGCCGCUGCUCUAUCAGAGCUAGCUGUCGCGACGAAGGAAAACUUCUUGGAGUAUGUGGAACAAACACUGAAGGUGUUGAACGAGCAGGUUGAAGAAUCGUACGGUUUAAGAGAAACUGCUCUACACACGAUAUGGAAUAUCGCAAAGGCAAUUUUACAAACCGCGAACGCGAAAGAAGAGGUCUACCCCGUCGGUGUUCCAUCUGGCUCCUAUGUUGACAACAGCGUACUCGCUGUGAUUCAAGAUAUUAGAUCUACGUCUUUGGACAAUUUGACAGAGGAAUUUGAAACCUCUAUGGUCAUUACCAUCAUGGAAGAUUUUGCUGAGAUGAUUAGAAAGUUUGGUGCCAUUGUUAUCAUUGACAAUGGUGACUCGUCUUCUCUAGAAAGGUUGUGUGUCGAAGUCAUGAGCGUCUUGAAGGGUAGUCACGCAUGUCAAACGAUUGACUACGAAGAAGACGUUCCAAAGGAUGAAGAUGUCGACGCUUCUGAAACAGAAGCUGCCUUACUAGAUUGUGCAUUGGAAGUCCUGGUGAGCUUGUCAUAUGCUUUGGGCGGUGACUUCCCAAAAGUGUUUGAAAACUUCAAACCCGUGGUACUCAGCUUGUUCCAGUCCAAGUCGAAGAAUAAGAGAUCUGCUGCCGUCGGUGCCAUUUCUGAGAUCGCUGAAGGAUUGAAAGACCAAAACCCCUUCGUGCAAGACAUGCUUGAAGCUCUGAUCAUCAGACUAACUACAGACAAGUCUUUGGAGGUUAGAGGUAAUGCCGCCUAUGGUAUUGGUUUGCUAUGCCAAUACGCCUCUUUUGACGUCUCUGCCAUUUACGAACCAGUGUUGAGAGCUAUGUACGAAUUGCUAAACACAGCGGACCAAAAGGCUCUUGCUGCGGAAGAUGACGAGGCUACAAGAGAGAUUGUCGACAGAGCAUAUGCCAAUGCCACUGGUUGCGUCGCUAGAAUGGCCUUGAAGAACCAAGCUUUGGUUCCUCUUGAGCACACGCUGCCCGCGCUUUUGAACCAUUUGCCUUUGAACACCGGUUUCGAAGAGUACGAUCCUAUUUUUGAGCUUAUUAUGAAACUAUACCAAUCUAACAACAAUUUGAUUGUCAACGAGACUCCUAAAGUGCUCGACUUCCUUGAGGCUGUGUUUACCAAAGAAGCCGAAAGAGUCAAGCUGGAACAAGAGUCUACUUUGGGCAGAGAAGAAAACAUGGAUAGAAUGAAGCAGUUUCAAUCCGCCGAGAUGCAGGCUAAGGUUGUUGAUCUUCUAAAAUAUUUGAACACCACUUACAAUGGUGCUGUAGCCCAAAAGGCCGUUUUAGCCCAAGUCAUUGCUUAA